AUGUAUAAAGUAUCUAAAGAACAAUUAAGAGAAAUAUUGGCUUCUGGAUUAACUUAAAAUCCUUAAGAUAGUAUGAAUGAGUUCAAUACAACUAAGCGUUUUGAAGAUUUUUUAAAAUGUAACAUAACACAAGGAUUGAGUGAUAAUGAAAUUAAAUAAAGACAAGAGGUAUUUGGUAUCAAUUAGAAAGAGAAUUUAGAUUCAAUAAGUUUUUUAAAUGCCUUCUGUAUUAUUUUACUUGUAAAAAUUCAAUUUAAUUUAGCAACUUAAAUCGAUAUUCUUUUUAACUUUAUCAUUAAUAGCAUUUAUUCUAAAAUAUUUAUCAACUUAAGGAAUAUACACAAAUGAAUGGAUUGAAAGUUUAUUUAUAUUUGGAUUAAUUUUUUUGAACCUCAUAAUAUCAGCUAUUCAUGUAUAAUUUCAAUUUAAUAAACAAAGUUGAAAAUUGAUGAUAACAAUAAAAAAAAACUUUUAAUUUAAGAUGAAUAAUUAAAGUAAGUUAAAGUUUUGAGAAAUGGAUAAGAAUAGAAUAUUAUUGCAAGGGAUCUAGUUGUUGGAGAUAUAGUAAUAUUGUAAGAUAAAGAUAAAAUAUAUGCAGAUGGUUUGAUAGUUGAAUAAAAUAAUUUAGAAAUUGAUGUAUUUAUUUUGAUUAAUUUCUUAUUUAGGAGUGUUAUUUAACAGGAGAAUAGGAUUUGAUUCAUAAAAUUACAUUAGAAGAGGCAAAUUAAUAAAAAUAACCAAUUUUACCAUAGAAACAUUUAAUAUUUUCAGAAAGUCGAGUAAUCAAUGGAAAUGGAAAAUUAUUGGUUUUAGGUGUUGGUAUUGAAACUUAAGCUAGUAGAAUAUAAAUUUGCAUUAAAUAAGAGAAUAAUAAUACCCCUAUUUAAUCAACAAUUGAAAAUAUUUCAUCUAAAAUGGAAACUAUAGGAUUUGUUGGAGCUAUAAUUGUUAUCUUUAUGCUUUUGGCUAGAUACAUGAUACAAUAUCAUGAUUCAAAGGUUAAUGGAUAUAGUACAUUUUCUAAUAUACUUAAUCUAAUCAUAGUAUUAAUAUCUGGAAAUGCUUCUAAGGCAUUAAUUACUCAUUAUUAACUUUAAUUAGCUUAAACUGUAAAGUUAAUGUUAUAUUCAUAAAAUUUGGUUAGAAACCUUAAUUAAUUAGAAAAUUUGCCAUUUAUGGACUAGGUACUUUUAAUUAUUAUUUAGUUACUUAUUGACAAAACAGGUACUUUAACUUAAAAUAGAAUGGCAUUAAAUUGUUUUAUGAAUGAUAAUACAGAAGAGCUUACUAAAUCAAGAUUUAAUCAAUUUCCAUAAGAAUUCUAAUAAGUUUUUAUUGAUUCUUGUUUUAUUAAUAAUUAAUAUAUUCCAGAAACUGAUCAAGGCAGCUAUACUGAUAAAGAAUUAUAUUAAAUUUCUUAAGAAAUGAGAAUUAAUUUAGAAGAGAGAAAGAAAUAAGUGACUCAUAUAAUCCCUUUUAAUAGUGCUAGAAAGAGAUUAGUAAGAUUAUUUAUAUAUAAAUUUUUAGACAUCAAUUAUUAAUAAUAAUAGAGUUGUUGUAAAAGGAGCGGCUGAAAUAAUAUUUUAAUAAUCUACUAAAUUUUAUAGUUUGAAAAAUGGGAUAGUUGCAAUUGAUGAUUUUUUAAGAGACGAUUUAGAAUAGCACUUAAUUUAAUUGAGUUAAGAAGGAAGAACAAUAGCUAUAGCUUAUACAGAUGUCAAUUUAUAAAAUGAAAAUGUAAAUGAAUUAAUUUAGAAUAAUUAAUUUCAAUUUGAUAGAUAAAAUUUGACAUUAUUAGGUUUCUUUUAAUUUUCAGAUCCAUUAAGAAUGGAAACUAAAAUGACAGUUGAAGGCUUAAAAUAAGCUGGAGUUAAAGUGGUUAUGAUUACAGGGGAUAACUCAGUAACUGCAAAGAGUAUUGCUAUAAAAGCUGGAAUAAUGUCAUUGGAUUCAAUAAUUACAGAAGGAGCAGAAUUUACACAAAGAAUACAAAAUAAAGCAGAAAAUUUUUCAAAAUACUUUGAAGAUAUUUUUGUUUUGAGUAGAGCCAGGCCAGAAGACAAAUAUAAUUUUGUUAAAGAAUUAUAAGAAUUAGGCCAUGUUGUAGGAGUAUGUGGUGAUGGCACUAAUGAUGGUAAAUAUAAAUAUAAUAUUAUAUAUAAGCUCCUGCAAUAUCUAAGAGUGAUGUAGGUUUUAGUAUGGGAAUAUCAGGAACUGAAAUAGCAAGAGAAAGUUCAGGGAUUAUAUUAUUGGAUGAUAACAUACAUUCAAUUUAUAAGGGACUCAUUUUGGCUAGAAAUCUCUUAGAUUCAAUUAAAAGAUUAGCUUAAUAUUAAAUUACAUCACAUUUUUCAUUGAUUAUUAUUUUAAUUGCUUCAUCAGCAAUUGGAGAUGCUGUAAUAUCACCACUUUAAUUUAUUUGGAUCAAUUUAAUUACUGAUAUAUUUGCUACAUUUGCUUUGUCUUAUUGUAGACCAAGUUCUUAAUUAUAUCAUUAGAAUCCUCCUAAUAAAAAUGGAUUUCUAUUGGAUUUCAUUGUUUAUCUUCAUAUCAUAAUACUUGCAAUAUACAUAAUAACUGUAUGUAUAAUUUUCAUAAAUUAAGUAAUAAUAAUUUAUUUAUUUAUAGUCUUUAAUGGUAUUCAAUUUAUUUGUCAUGACUACUUUGUUUAAUUUGAUUAAUUCUCGUAUGGUUUAUUUAGAAUUAAAUGUUUUUAGUGGAUUCUUUGGAUCUUGGAUGAUUUAUACUUCCAUUUUGAUAAUAGGAUUAUUACAAUUUUUAAUUGUUGAAUAUGGAGGUAUAAUAAUGUAAACAUUUGAUGGUUUAAAUUUGAAAUAAUGGUAAAUUUUAAUUUAGAUAUAAGGCUUAUUUGUAUUGCUGUUGGAAUCGGAAGUGUAAUUUGGAGAACGAUAGCUAUACUGAUUAUUAGACCGAUUAUUGUAAAUAAUCAGUUAUAUAUAUUAGAAGAGUGAGAAAUAAAAAUUAAAAGUUAGUUGAG